GUAGAGGGUUGGUACCAAUUCGUUUCCGGUCAACCAUCCAGGGAUCUCAUCGUCUUUUACGCAACGAAACGAAAGAGAAAAAGAAAGCUUUGUGAGAGAAGUGGUGUUCGUGAUUGGGCCGUGUCGAAUUCUCUUCAUCACAUUUUGGAGUAAAACUAGGUGGUUCCUCAGUCAUAUCAAAUUCCCGGCGUAAAAAAUGCUGCGUAUUGUGGCUGGUCGCGUUGGUUCGGCGAUGAGGAGCUCACUCGUCCCUCGGGCAGCAACUGCUGGUCUUCAAAACAGUCGUGCCUCCCAUGGCGGUCCCCAGGAAUCCGACGAGGAGUUCGAUGCCAGAUACGAGGCCUUCUUCAACCGCCCGGACAUAGAUGGAUGGGAAAUUCGAAAGGCAAUGAACGAUCUCGCUGGUAUGGAUCUCAUCCCUGAGCCAAAAAUCAUCUGUGCUGCGUUAAAGGCUUGCCGAAGGCUCAACGAUUUUGCCUUAGCAGUAAGAUAUCUAGAAUCUAUAAAGGAUAAAUGUGGUCCCAAAGUGGGUGAGAUUUAUCCAUAUCUACUUGAGAAUAUUAAGCCCACAUUGGAGGAGCUGGGUAUCAACACACCUGAGGAAAUGGGUUACGACAAGCCAGAGUUGGCUCUUCAAUCAGUGUAUGAUAUCCACUAAUUCGAGCCAAGCCGUCAAGCUAGUCUCCUUAUCAACACAUAGAAAUUCGGAACCGUUGAAACAAUAUUUAAAUCAUACAUUCUAUGAAUAACCAGAUCAUGUACAGUAUAAAAAUUUAAAUAAAUAAUUAUUUAAACUGA